CUCCUUUUUGACUUCUCCCCCCAUCUGAAAACGAUUUCUGAUUUCUGUUUACUGGUACAUCGAUUUCUAUUAAACGGUACGGCCAACCGAAGCUUUUAGAACACGAAUUUCAAGCUGAAUACAUCAAAUCAGGAUUUUAGGACCAGGAUUAUACACUAGUAAAGAUGUGGUUACGUUGUAAAAAUCCCCUUCAUCAUUUGGAGGCUUUUAAAAUAUGCGUAAAAUCACCAUGGAUCCUUCAAACUUCUGGAUUUUCAGAUACCGCUUUCAAGAAACCAAAGCUUGCACCCCUACAGGAGCGUAGAAUGAUAGACCGCCGCAGAUUGUGUGCUAAAGGAGGAGAUGGCGGCAAUGGCUGCAUUAGCUUCCACCGUAGUCGUCAUGAGCGUCGUGGUAAAGCUGAUGGUGGAAAUGGUGGGAGGGGAGGCGAUGUGAUUCUAGAAUGUUCCCCAACGGUUUGGGAUUUGAGCAGCUUGCAACAUCAUAUUAAUGCAAAGAGAGGGGGGCAUGGAACUUCAAAAAAUAAGAUAGGAAGCCGAGGAGAUGAUCAGGUGGUUCUAGUACCUGUUGGGACUGUACUACAUCUAAUAGAGGGUGACACACCUUCCAUGGUCGGAAAGGGACCCUCUGCACCAUUGAACCCUUGGGAAAUUCCUAGUACCCUCAAGGGUGAUGAACAUGAAAGUGCCUACAAUGAUUCUGCUUCUAGCAAGAACCAGGAGACCUUUAAUAAGGAAAUGAAAAUACCUAAACUUUCUUCACAAACUUGUAGCAAGUCAACCGUUGAUUCGGAAAACUUUGACUUUUGGGAUGAAAACAAGAUAAACUCAUGGGAAGCUCGAGUAUCAGGUAAUCAUGCGUCUGAAUCAGAGCAUGAAGAUGAAAUGGAACAAACUGACGGGGAGGAAGAAGAAGAAGAAGAGCAUAUUGAAUAUAAUGUUGCUGAGUUGACGGAACCAGGACAACGUGUAAUUGUAGCUCAUGGAGGCGAAGGUGGUUUGGGAAAUGUCUCCCACUCAAAAACUUACAAAAAACUAAUUCAGAAAAAACGUAGUGGAGUAGAAAUACGAGAUAGCACUGAGGUGCAAGAAGAUGAAGAUGACAAGAAUUCAUCACUCACUAUCGGUUCUUCUGGUUCAGAAGCAGUUCUUAUAUUGGAACUCAAGAGCAUUGCUGAUGUUGGUCUUGUAGGGAUGCCAAAUGCCGGUAAAAGUACCCUUUUAGGUGCUUUAUCUAAAGCACAACCUAGAAUAGGUCAUUACGCAUUCACAACUCUAAGGCCUAAUUUAGGAAAUCUAACUUAUGAUGAUUUAUCAGUCACAGUAGCUGAUAUUCCUGGACUUAUAAAGGGUGCUCACGAAAACCGUGGACUCGGGCAUGCUUUUCUUCGUCAUAUAGAAAGGACUAGAGUUCUUGCUUAUGUUCUAGAUUUGGCUGCAGCAUUAGAUGGUAGAAAAGGGGUCCCACCAUGGGAACAACUUAAAGACUUGAUUUUAGAGCUGGAGUUUUAUGACGAGGGUUUGUCGAGUCGACCAGCAUUAGUAGUGGCAAAUAAGAUUGAUGAAGCAGGGGCUGAUGAAGUAUACAAUGAACUAAGGAAAAGGGUUCGUGGUGUAAACAUAUUCCCAGUUUGUGCUGUUUUGGCCGAAGGUGUGCCAGAGCUAAAGGAUGGUCUUAGGAUGCUUGUGAGUGGCGAAGACUCGAAUAGACUAACAUUGGAUGACAUUGAUGUUGAUUAGGAUGAAUUCUUGUUUAGUACUAAACAUCUUAGUUGCAGCUGGUGUUUGAUAUGCUAUUGCCAAAACAGAUGAUGCAGUUUUGUGAUAAAGAUCCUGCUGGGAGCAGUUUUAGUUAUAUUUUUCGUUAGUUUAUGUUGCAGACAAUUAGUUUUUAGAUACAAUGUAAAACAUAUUCUCCGGAAUAGUAGUUUUUUCAACAAUCUCAAGAUGAGAAAAUGAUGUUUCCAAAUACAAAUGUUUCUAUAGUAUGCGUGAGAGAUGUGUUCCAUGUAAAAGUUCAGACGAUAGCUCAGGCACACAAUGGGUCUGGGAAGACAACAUGUUUUGUUCUUGGUAUGUUGAGUCGUGUUGAUCUGAAGCUUGGUGCUCCUCAGGCACUUUGUAUAUGCCCAACCAGAGAAUUGGCAAAAUAGAAUAUGGAAGUGCUACUAAAGAUGGGAAAAUUUACUGGUGUAACAACAGAGUUGGCUUUUACGGAUAAAGCGAAUUAUGUUUCAGUUGCCAAGAGAGCGCCUGUAACUGCGCAAGUAGUUAUUGGCACCCCUGGUACCAUAAGUAAAUGGAUUGCAGCUAAGAAACUAGGCACAAGUUGUAUGAAUAUUCUUGUGUUUGAUGAGGCAGAUCAUAUGCUUGCUGAGAGCGGUUUUAAAGAUGAAUCUGUGAGGAUAAUGAAGGAAAUAGUCAAGUGGAGCCCCGACUGCCAGGUGCUACUGUUUUCUGCAACUUUCAACGACAAUGUGAAGGCUUUUGUGUCAAAAAUUGUGAAUGACCUAUUUGUAAAAGAGUAUAACCAGUUGUACGUAAAGAAAGAAGAACUGUCUUUGGAUUCUGUUAAGCAAUAUAAAGUGAAGGUACCUGACGAGCUUACAAAGAUUAUGGUGAUUAGAGACAAAAUAAUAUACUUUGGAGAAAAGGUAGGGAAGACAAUAAUAUUUGUUCGCACAAGAAGAAGUGCUGUUAUUUGCAUGAUGCACUAGUUAAGGAUGGGAAUCAGGUAACUACUAUUCAAGGCGCUCUUACACAAGAAGAUAGAGAUAAAAUAGUUGAGGAAUUCAAAGAUGGGUAUACUAAUGUUCUCAUAUCAACUGAUCUUCUUGCUAGAGGGUUUGACCAAUCUGAGGUAAACUUGGUGGUUAACUAUGAUCUUCCCAUAAGACAUGAAAGUCCUUCAGAUUCCGAUUACGAGGUAUACUUGCAUCGGAUUGGUAGAGCAGGACGGUUUGGCCGGAAGGGAGCUGUAUUCAACCUGCUGUGCGGUGAUACAGAUAACAUGAUUAUGAAAAAAAUAGAGCGCCAUUUCAAUCAUUAUGUUGCUGAGGUACCUUCUUGGGAAAGUGAAGAAGACUUUGAGGAUGCUUUGAAGAGAGCUGGAUUAAGAUAGAUUUAAUAUCCAGUCCUUGUUUUAAACUCGUUAUCGCAUAAUUUUGUAGACGGCAUGCACUGAUAGUUUGUGGAGGUACCCUGCAAAUCUGCAAUGCGUUACGCUCAGCAGAUGCAUUAUGUUCAGCAGUUUUGAAAUAGAUUUUGCAUUAGUUGGUUCGGUAUCUAAUUAUCAAUUCGUAUAGAUAGUGCCUUUAAGUUUCAA